UAAAACUAUAAUUUAAAAAAAUAACCUAACCUAACUUCUUAACCUCUAUGUCCAUGAUCAAUAAAAACUAGUUUUUCUUAAAUCUGCUUAUGCCGUAGUCUCUCUCUAAAUAAAUAUCUAAUCUAAUAGUCACAAUAAUUUUUAUAAAAAUUUGCUAUAUCAUAACUUUGCUAAGCAUAUCUAAGCUUUUAACUAAUAAAAAUGGGAGCAGCAAACAAAAAAAGACGAAAUAACCGUAAUAAUAAAAAAAAUAAGAUCAAAAAAGCCAACAAACUUCAAACAACAAAUGUUUCGUCUGAAGAGCUAGAUAAACAGGAAUCUGAUAUGAUCUCACAAGAAGUUUUGGCAACCCCUCAAAAAAGAUUUUAUGAUAAUGAUUCAGAUGAUGAACAACAGCCCAAGAAGAAAAAGAAAAAGCAGCACAUGAUAACAGAAAGCACGGAUGCUAACAAAGGUCAAAAAAAGAAAUCUAUACGUCAAAUGAAAAGAGAAAAAUAUCUAGAGCGCAUAGCGGCUGCUGAAGCUGCAAAUAAAGAACAACUUAAAGAGCAGUGUCUCAAUUAUUUAUCUCAAUGGAAACAUGAUCAAUCUAACUGGAAAUUUAUGAAAGCAAAACAAAUUUGGUUGAACAAGAACAAAUUCUCAAGAACCCUUGUGCCAGAUGAAUCAUGGCCUUUAUUAUUAGAGUAUUUGCAGUCCAGUAAGGGUAAUAUACGUAAUGUGCUACUUGAUGAUGCAAAUAAAGUAAUUAAGCAAAUGGAAGAAUGGACAGAGUCACAGGAAAAAAAUGAUGACAAUAUUGCUAAUACAGAUGAAGUAACAGAAGUGAACAAACCUGAUGAUGUAAUAUAUAAGAGAGCUAGGGAUUUAAUACAAUGUUUACAAGAAUAAAA